GAUUGGCUCGUCGAGAUGUUAAAGAUGUCCGUGAGGACAUGGAGUUUCUCGACACAGCCCUUCAGAACAUGUCCAGUGUGCACAGGCUGGGUGAUUGUGCAUAAGACCAUGAUGGACGCACUGCUUCAUGUUGUGUGUUUGCUGUUGCUGCUGCUGCCUCUGCUGAGUCAGGCGGCAUACACGCUGACGUCCAGCAGGCAACCUCAGCACAAGGUGCUGCACCUGGACUGGCCCAAAGACUGCGGGACAGCCUACUUCAAGCCCAACAUGGCUGAGAGGAUCGUGUCAGGCAACGAGGCCAGACCGCACUCAUGGCCCUGGCAGGUCUCGCUACAGGUUCGGCCCAGAGGGAGCAAACACCACAUUCACGUGUGUGGAGGAACUCUGAUCCACAAGAACUGGAUCCUCACUGCUGCUCACUGCUUCCAAAAAGGAAAGGCCGAGGACGCCAGCUCGUGGAGGAUUGUCCUGGGGAAGCAUCGUCUGAAGCUCUCCGAGACGGCUGAGAGGGUUUUUCCGGUGAAGAGGAUCUACCGCCACGAGAAUUUCCGCUACCCGGCCCACAGUCAGCUGGACUACGACAUCGCCCUGGUGAAGGCCGGCGCCGACAUUCUCCCGUCCAACUUCGUCCGCUACGCCUGCCUGCCGCGCAAGCAGACCAGCCUCAAGCCGGGGCACUAUUGCUGGGUGACGGGUUGGGGCGACACCCGGGUUUCAAAUGUCCCAGGAGGGAAGGAGAACGUGUCUCUAGCGGAGGCCCUCAAUCAAGCACGACUUCCCAUCAUUGACUUCAAAACCUGCCGGCAGAAGAAGUUCUGGGGUGACCGCGUCCGAGACUCUAUGAUCUGCGCUGGCUUCAGAGACACGGAGGAUCCUCCUGCAGCAUGUCAGGGCGACUCUGGUGGUCCUCUGCUGUGCCAGCUGGGCCGGGACCGCUGGGAGGUGCAUGGCGUGGUGAGCUUCGGCCCCAUCGGGUGCACGGUGGAGAACAAGCCCAGCGUCUUCACCAGAACCUCUGCAUAUAUCCACUGGAUCGAGGGGACCCGCAUCCGGGACUUCUUCCUGCACUGAGCUGCCUCUAGUUUUAACAAUAAAGUGUAUUUUUCAAAAUAGAUUACUAUUUUG